GUGCGGCCGGGCUGAUGGCGCUGAGCAGCCCGCUGUCCUCAUCGCGUUGGCUUUCUGGAAGCUCCCCGUGCGGUAGCUGAGGGUGCUGCCUCCGGCCUGUUGCGUCGGGGGUUAAUUUUGAACGGGAUUAUUGUAGAACUUGGAGCCGCGCGGGGCAUUUGUGGAUGAGAAGCGUUGUCUGGCAGCGGUUACUCUGUAUCGGCCGCUUCGAGCUGUGGAGAAACGGGGCAGCUCUGGGCUCCUCGUGGUCAGCACGGCCACAACUCGUAGUAGCUUAAAUAUGGACCUUCACAACAGCGUCUGUGGUGAAAUCCGUCCCUGUAGUGGCGCUGGGACUGGUAGUUCUUAUGAGCCGGUUAUGAGAGCUGUGAGGCGCGUUGGCUGUGAGAAACCGGAGUCUGAAAUCUAAGGCAGAAAAAGGCCUCCCUUGCACUGGCCAAAGCGUCUUGCUUCCCUUGGACUGGUGCCCAAGUGCCACCGAGGCUGAUGGUUGCUCGACACUACCAGGGAGAGAGAAUAACACAGAUCCAGUAACAGCUUUUUCCUGGUUCUAAAAGCUACUGAGGCUCCUCUUGAUUUGAACACACCACUGGAGACGUCUGUAGCGGGCAGGCAUGGGCUGCAGGGAUGUUCAUGCAGCAACAGUGCUGGCCUUCCUCAGUGGGACGGCGUCGGUGGCCGGACUCCUUGCAGCAGUUCUACUUCCAAACUGGAGGCAAAUGAGACUGUACACGUACAACAAGAACGAGAGGAAUGUGACCAUUUACACUGGACUCUGGAUUAAGUGUGCUCGCUUUGAUGGGAGCAGAGACUGUGUGAUAUACGACCCGCAGUGGUACACGGCGGUAGAUCAACUGGACUUGCGCGUUCUUCAGUUUGCCCUUCCACUGAGUAUGUUUACUGCUGUCUCAGCUCUGUUUCUCUGCAUGAUUGGCAUGUGUAACACAGCCUUUGUAUCCAGCGUGCCCAACGUCAAACUGGCAAAAUGCCUUGUGAACAGUGCGGGCUGCCACCUUGUGGCUGGCCUCUUGUUCCUCCUCGCAUGUGCAAUUUGUCUCACCCCGUCAGUCUGGGUCAUUUUUUACAACAAUUAUCUGAACAGAAAAUACGAGCCUGUCUUUAGCUUUGACAUCUCUGUAUUUAUUGCCAUUGCCAGUGCUGGUGGUCUGUUUUUCACUUCCGUUCUUUUAUUUCUAUGGUAUUGUGCAUGUAAGAGCCUGCCAUCCCCCUUUUGGCAGCCCCUCUAUUCACAUGCCCCCAGCAUGCACAGCUAUGCCUCUCAGCCAUAUUCUGCGCGCUCUCGCCUUUCUGCCAUGGAAAUCGACAUUCCUGUUGUGACACACACAUCUUAAAGAGACAAAGUCUUGGAAGUCAAGUUGUUGAGCUCACUCAACCCAUGCAAAUUGCGGGCUUGAUUCUCUCUCCUGCCUUGCAUUGGGUGUAAUCUGUUUGUAAGGUCAUUUUCCCCAAGAUGCAGUGCAAUGAAGACUUGAGAUCUCAAGUAUCUCUGCUGUUCUCAUGUGUUCUUCCCUGAACAGCCUUUGUAGUUUUUGUUUCUUUAUUUCUUUGCUUUUUCCUCUGAGCUCACUGCAGACAAAAGCUGCUGCUAAUGCUGGGAUAGGACACUACAGUAGUAUCUGUUUGUGCCAAUUGUCUUGCAUAUCUGUUCAUCCUUCUGCUUAUUGUGAUCAAAGCAGGUUCGAACCUCUUUGCUACUUUGAUGAACUAUAUUUAAGUUCUGAUCCCAUUAGAAGAGCUGUGUACAUGGACUUUUGUGGCCGUGUAUUAUCCAGGUGCAGGCAGUGGGAAGGGAUAUAGGAGUUUCAUUAAGUUCCUUGUUAGAGAAGAUAACCUAGUGUAGUCAGAAGUGUGCUAUUAGCAGGAGCAGGAAGGUGAUUAAGAAAUGGGCAGCAGAGCUUUCAUCUGGACGUGUGUAUUUUAAGACUGGAUGACUGAAAAGGGGAUUUGUCAGACUAAUUCAGUUUCGUAGCACUGCUCUUUGUUUUGCAGCGCACACAAAAAGCCACUUGCUUAUGAACUUCUGCGGUAGAAAAUAGUGUCAAAUUACCUUUUAUUUUCAAAGUAGCUUUUUAAAGGUAUAAGUGAUUUAGCUGAGAAAUUUCCUCUGUGCUGUGAUAACGUUUUGUGAAUCGCUGAGGACUGGAAACAUUUGUGAAUGUUCCUUUUAGUCUUUUUUAAAGAAGCUGGUGAAUUCUUCAGAUCUAUUUUGAAGUUAAAACAAAGACAACUUGUAUUUAAAACAAAAUCUGUUUGAAAGAUUAAAUAUUUUAUUUGGACUCUUCAAGACCUGAGAGAUGGAUUUGCAAGUCAAACGAGCUUAAAAUGCUUUAAAGUAUUAUUCAGUUCUGGAGAGAAAUGCUGUCACUACAAAUGGAUUAAGAAAACCAUGAAGAAUUCUGAAAGCUGUGAAAGCUGGUUUUAGUGCGCUGCAAUCAGGCUGUUACAGUGUCUCUCUAGGAAGGGAAUUGUGAUCCUGUGGAGAGAUUUUUAAAUCUAGAUCUAUUUAUUUUUUAACGUGUAUAUACAAAUAACAAUGAGUUUGUGUAUUUUUCACUGCUGCUGUUUACAGGAAGUUUUAUAGUCUGCGGUUGUUGCAGGUCUUUCAUGCUGUAGCUUAUUCAAUUACUGAUUAAGGCUUUUCCUUUUCAGCCUUGUUUUUCCACACCUUUCACACUGAGCCAUUUUAAAAUCCACUUGUUUCCUACACUUCUAUCUCCCUACUGGAGAAGGUGUCCUGUUCAUGUUUUCUGUAAGAUGUGAGCUCAUGAGUUAUUAGAAGCUUCAAUUAUGAGGAAGGAUUAUAAAUUCCCAACCUGGGAUGUUUUGAAGUCAUUUUUACCUCCUCAAAUGCAGUGUGGGCCAACCCUGUGGGAUCAAAGCUUUUCAAUAUGGACUUUGAAAUGACGCAGAAAUUUGAUGGUAGUACAUUGGACACUGUUACAGUUAAGGCAGUUAUUUGACUUUAUCAGAUUUUGGCAAGUUGAGGUUUGUGUUUUGAGAUAUCACGGCAGUAGGGAAAGCUGUUUUGAUUGGCGGCAUUCUGGAGUUUAGCAGAUACUUGAAUUUCAUUAAUCUCAGAACAAAUUGGCUAAAAACGAAGUAAGAAAUCUUUAUUUCUGUGAACUCCUGGAAGGACUUGAAAAUCAGUUCAUUUCCUUUAUGGUAGAAAUAUGAACAAAUGCCCCCUUGGGGCAAAUCUUGUUGUGUUACAGUCUGUGCAGUGACAGUGCAUUGAGAGGAAUCUCUUUGUGCAAAGCUGCAGGCCUGGGAAGCUAGUGGACCAAGUGGGGAAGCUGGUCUCUGUUGUAAGUUCCCAGCACAGUCAGUGGAGCUACAAAGCCCUUCUAGAAGGUGACAAUGUGCUCAGUGAAGUAACAGUCUUAAGUAAUCAUUGUAGAUGAUAAAGAAUCAUUAAAAAGAUAGGCCUCUGGAGUUGCACAAACAUUAUACCCAUUAAGUUUUGAAGACAUGAUGUUAGAUGAAGGAUCAUUUUUCUUGAAUCAGAUCAUGAUUUGUAUGGGAUUUGAACAUGUAUAAUGCCCUGCAAGGUCACUGUUUCUUUACUUUGAAAUGGAACUUUGCUUUGGAGUUACUCUUGCUGUCUAACCACAGACACCGUUGCUGCUUUGUGAUUUCACGUCGCUUUGCUUCCUCCUCCAGUGUCUUUUCUUCUUUGUGCCUUGCUUCAAUUAUGAGUUGCCCAGCAAAUGUCUCUUUAUCGUCAGUGUCUGGAGCGCUUUUUGAGCUUGAAUUUAUAAAGCAUCGUGACUGUCUUGGAGGGGUGAUGAGUACAUCUGUGAGUGACCUUAAAAGGACCCGAAUCUUCAAUAUCUUCAGAGCCUGGCAGGCCAAUGCUUUCUUCGGACUGUAAGUGCAGCAAGUGUUUUGUUCUGUAUAGUUUAGAUAGCAGACAUCUGUGACAACUCUUUUGCAUUCCGACUUUGAUUUAUAUGCAGUAAACUUUUGAUUAGUAUUUGCUGCUGCCUGAGCUGAUAACUUGUUGCUUUGUAAAUGAUGUCUUUUCAAAAGUCUGAUCUAUGAAAAGCAGGAAUCCAAAAGUUAAUGGAUUCCAGUGUAAGCUGUAGUUAGGGUAGUCUUCAUCAAAAAGGCUGCUGCUUCAUGUUGUAUCAUGAAAGCACAGCUGAGUCUCUUUCAACAGUGCUGUUAACGUGAAUUGCCACUGGAUCCUCAGUGAAGUGAGCUGGAAGUGCCGUGCUCUUUUUCGCCUUGUUUACAGAAGGGGUGGCCAACCUGCAAUGCUUGAGCUGAGUGCCACUCCAAUGGGUCUCUUGCUAAGGUAACUGCUGUACCCAGCAGUAGGGCUGGGGAGCAGCAGCCUUCCCAGGGCUUGGAGUGGACACACAUCCCACACGGUCCUAUGGCAGGGACGAGCUGAUGUGGAGCCAUUGGCACCCCAGCCUUUGGCAGCUGCUCCUUCCUGGAUGGGCACUCUGGGUCUCCAACACAGGAUUGUAAUUUGCAGCUCAUGCAGUCAAAGGUUGGGUGCUCUGGCUAUUGGGAAUCUGUUUUGGUUUUGUUUCCAAGUAAUUCCUGUCCAGGCUUUCGAGUCGUGUUACAUACAGUGUGGGUUCUUUUUAUGUGAAACAGAAGAUAUGUAUUUUUAAUAAAACAUUCUCAUGCAGA